AUGACAAAAGCCCACGCAACCAUCACGCCCGAAUGCGAGGUCGUCUUUGACGAAGUCAAAGGCACUGAUAACCUCGAUUACGUCAUUUAUGAUGCAUCGGCACACGACAAGAAGAUCACCGUCGCCGAGUCUGGCAAAUACACCGACUACGCCGAUUUCCUUACUCAUUUCAAAGAAGACAAACCUCGCUAUGCCGUCGUAGACUUCAAAUACGACUCCCCGGCUGGCGACGGCCAGCGAUCGAAGCUGGUCUUCAUCACGUGGGUGCCCGAGGGAGCAAGCUUGCAUGAUAAAUCUUACUACACAUCGAACAAGGAUCAUCUUUUCUACGCUCUUCUGGAUAUCAGUCUUCAUGUCCAGGCUCAUACCCAUGCGGAGCUGGCUCAUGCUACAAUUCUGAACAAGUUCAAGGUACUCUAG